AUGUUCUCCAAGAUCCUCUCCGUCGCAACCGUGGCUCUCGCCACCACCUCGCUGGUCUCUGCCCAGACCUUCACCACCUGCGAUCCCACCAAGAAGACCUGCCCUGCCGACCCCGCUCUGGGCAAGUCGGUGGACAUUGACUUCACCAAGGGCAACGAUGACUCCUUCUUCCGCCAGCUUGAUGGUACCGACGUCAAGUUCGAGGAUGGCGGUGCUCUCUUCUCCAUCAGCAAGGAGUCCGAAGCUCCCACUAUGGCGUCCAAGAAGUACAUCUUCUUCGGCAAGGUCGACGUCGUCCUCAAGGCCGCUCCCGGCCAGGGUAUCGUCACCUCCAUCGUCCUCCAGUCCGACGACCUCGACGAGAUCGAUUGGGAGUGGGUUGGCGGCGACAACACCCAGGUCCAGACCAACUACUUCGGCAAGGGUGAUACCAGCACCUACGACCGUGGUGCCUUCCACACCGUCAGCAACCCCCUGAGCGACUACCACACCUACACCAUCGACUGGACCCAGGACUCGGUCAAGUGGAUCAUCGACGGCGCCCUCGUCCGCGAGCUCAAGUACGCCGACGCCAAGGGCGGUGCCAUGUUCCCCCAGACUCCCAUGGAGGUCAAGAUCGGUACCUGGGUCGCUGGCCGCAAGGACGCCCCCAAGGGCACCGUCGAAUGGGCUGGUGGCUACGCCGACUUCAGCAAGGGUCCCUCCAACGCCUACUACAAGAGCAUCUCCAUCACCGACUACCAGGGCAACAAGGGUGCCAAGGGCGCCAAGCAGUACGUCUACGGCGACCGCACCGGCAGCUGGGAGUCCAUUGUCAUCAAGACUGAUGGCGGUGACGACGACUCCUCUUCCUCUGUCAGCAAGACCGCCACCAAGACCACUCUGAGCACCGUCACCGCUACCGGAUCCAGCUCCGCCUCCGCCACCGCUUCCAGUGAUGCCUCUGCUACCGAGGAUGCUUCCGCCUCCGCCACUGGCGCUUCCGACUCUGGUUCUGCCGCCUCCGCCGCUGCCCCCUCGACCGUUGCCGCCAGCUCUGGCUUUGCGACCAAGGCCAACCUUGCUCUCGGCGCCAUUGGUCUGUUCUUCACCUUCAUGCUUUAA